UCAGGAGAAUCAACAAUUUCUUUCUAUUUUCCACAAUGAAUGGAUUCAAUCAACUUCAAGAGAACAAAUUUAACCGUACCCACAAACUGACUCCAGACCAAGAAUUUUACUACAUGGUGUCAGCUCUCCGCCAUGUUGUCUCCAGUGCCGAUGGUCGUCCGGAUGGUGAAGCAGCUCAGCUUUUGCGGGAAGUUCAAAAUGCAAGUGGUGGUGCAUCCUCGUCAGCUAAUUCCAUGCCACGUAGGAACAUUGUGGACACUUCAGCAGCUUAUCUGGCAUGUCACAUUGGUUAUUCUUUCCAUUUCCACGUAAAGCGAGAGAAUAUGGAAAUGCAAAAAGGGAGGAAAAAACAGAGAAACACAAAGAAGGAAUUUAGGGGAGUGAGACAAAGGCCAUCGGGUAAAUGGGCGGCAGAGAUCCGUGACCCGCACCGAGCCCAAAAUGUUUGGCUUGGUACUUUUGCUACUGCAGUUGAAGCUGCUAGAGCUUAUGACAGAAAGGCUAUUGAAUAUAGAGGUUAUGAAAAGGCCAAAACAAAUUUUCCUAUUUCGGCAUAUGCUGCUGCUGAUGUUGCUACAGUUACUGAUGAGAACAAGUCGCCAAUGGUAGUGGAAGAAAACAAAGAAUUAGUACAAGUCCAAAGUGGUGAGGUGGCAGUGGCUGCUGAUCAUAAUAAUAAUAUUAAUGGUGAAAACAGUAUGCAAAAUGGUGAUGAUCAUAACAAUAUUAAUGGUCAAACUAGUAGUAUGCAAAAUGGUGAAAGUAGUAGUAUGCAAAAUGGUGAUGAUUUUUGGGAUACGUUGGAAGAUGAUGGACUUGUCAAGUGGAUAACCCAUGCACUACAAAAAAAGGAAUAA